UCGCGCCGCUUUGCAGACGCCGCCGCCGGGAGUCCUCGUCUUCGUCCCAUCCGCCGGACAUCGAUCCCCGCCGCCUCUGUCUUCGCCGUCGCGCCCAACCCAGGCAUCCGUGGCCAUGGCCAACCCCCGCGUGUUCUUCGACAUCGCCGUCGACAACGAGCCCCUGGGCCGGAUUACUUUCGAGCUCUUUGCAGACAAGGUUCCAAAGACAGCAGAAAACUUCCGUGCCCUGAGCACUGGAGAGAAGGGAUUUGGUUACAAGGGAUCCUGCUUCCACAGAAUCAUUCCUGGGUUCAUGUGCCAGGGUGGUGACUUCACACGCCAUAAUGGCACUGGUGGCAAGUCCAUCUAUGGGGAGAAAUUUGCUGAUGAGAACUUCAUCCUGAAGCAUACUGGUCCUGGCAUCUUGUCCAUGGCAAAUGCUGGACCCAACACAAAUGGCUCCCAGUUUUUCAUCUGUACUGCUAAGACUGAUUGGUUGGAUGGCAAGCAUGUGGUCUUUGGCCAAGUGAAAGAAGGCAUGAACAUUGUGGAAGCCAUGGAGCGUUAUGGUUCUCGGGAUGGCAAGACCAGCAAGAAGAUCACCAUUGCUGACUGUGGACAACUCUCAUAAGUUUUUUUGUUUUGUUUUUUGUCUUAACCAUCAAACCAUUCCUCUGUAGCUGGAGAGAGCACCCCUGAACCCCAUCUGCUCUUACAUCCCGUAAUCCUUGUGCUCUCACUUGCUGCAAUUCUCUUUGGAUUUCAUUUCCUUCUUCCACAAGUCUGGCUAGACAACAGAGUUAAGUUUAUGAUUAUGAAAUAAAAACUAAACGACA